AUGGUUGUUGCGGGAGACGGACUUGGAGAAAAGGAGAAGGCCACCGCGAACAAGGUCAUCAUAACCAUCUACAUAGAAUCACUGACAAUACGUUCAAAUCAGAGAAGCGAUUCCAUCAGAAGAAUUAAACCAAACCCACUCUCUUCCAAGCCUAAAAAUGAGAGAGCAAGAGGAUAUGAUCGUCGGGCACAACUCCUAGCCUAUGCUCAAGAGUUAAGGCAUGCCAAUUCUCGACAAUCGGAAGGGUCCAUGAAGGGUUCAAAGCCUAAACAUAAAAAUGGGGAUCCCCAAGGCUUCAGUUAUCAUCUUGGGGAAUGUUUCAUAGGAGGAAAUGGCGAUGGAG